AGGAGAUCCAAAACUGAUUCCAGAAGAUUCCAGAAGUCAGUGCCGUGUCAGACCCGAUCUGAUUAGAAUAUCAGAAUAACUUUGUUGUUUGGGGAUGGUUGGGGUGCAUCAUUUGGAAUGCUGAUGCUUCUCCUAGAUUGCUAGGAGCAAGGGCGCUACUAGGAGCCCCCUGUUUUGCACCGUGGUCUGGUGCUUUGCUGAGUCCCACUGGUCCUAUGACUCACCGCAGGAAGCCGCCCUCUUCACGGGGGAGUUGCUGGAGAUGUAUGAGCGCUUCGCAGACCUUCGAGGCUGGCAAUUUGAGGUGGAGUCCAUGACGGAAGGACAGCCUGAGGGAGCAGUGAAUUUUGCUUCAGUGCGAAUUUCCGGCAGUCAUGAGGAGAACGCUCCCUUUGGAUGGUUGCGACACGAGUCUGGAGUUCAUCGGGUUCAGCGUAUUCCGGUCACUGAGAAGAAGGGCCGCAUGCAGACCUCAAGUGUGUCAGUGGUGCUUUUGCCCGUGGCCGAAGAAGCAGAUGUGUCAUUAGCACCUGGAGACGUGCGAGUGGAAAUUAGCAAGAAGUCUUCAGGCCCUGGUGGCCAGAGUGUUAAUGCAGCACACCAGGCCGUGAGGGCAACACACAUUCCCAGCGGACUUUCAGUGCUAUGUACAACUUCCCAGUCGCAGUUCGAGAACAAAACCAGAGCUCUGGAGCUUCUCCGGACCAAGCUCUUAGAUCAACAGCUCUCAGCCCAGCGCAGCUUCGAGCGCUCGGAGCGGCAGCAGCAGAAGGGGAGCGGCGAUCGCUCCGAGAAGAUCCGGACGUACAACUUCCAGAGGGACGAGGUGGUAGAUCAUCGGUUGCCCAAGGAGCAAGGGGCUGGGCAUUCGGCCAGUGAGGUUCUCUUUGGGAGUGGCCUGGAAGCCAUCCUCCUGGCUCACAAGAAUGAGACACGAUUGCAUCAUUUGGGUCAAGCUGUCGAGCUGCUGAAAGAACACGUGUUGGAAAAAAGAGCGUGAGGAGCAGAGUAGCUGUUUUCUAAUCAAUCAUUUGUGGUUGUUGGUAGGUUCAUUGGGACAUCCCCGGGUUCUGUGUGGA